GUCCUCCCCCGCGCCCUUGCCCGGCCCGCCGCGCGCGAGGCCAUUGACGGCUCCCGUCCCAGCCAGGCCCAGCGCGUCCCCGCCUGCUGCUCUGUAAAGACCCGAAAACCUUGGAUAAUUUUGCCCUGGGUUGGCAACUUGGGCUUGAGGGCCUUCAAGAAGGGGGCCUGAAGCAGGUGUCAGGAGGUCCCUCGCCAUUGAAUACACCCCCUCCGCUCAUUCCUGCAACUUCCUUUGACCUCCUCCUCAUCGUUCCUCCUCAGUCUUUUAUGCCACCUUCUCCCGUUUUUGCGGAUGCCACAUCUCGGGAGUCUUGCUCAGCCCUCUAGUACCAGGCACGGCUCGCUGGCCUUGGGAGGGGGUUCCAUUCUCGACCCUACAGAUCCUCUCCCCAGAGAACUUCUUGGUCCCGAUGUCUGACCAUGGAGAUGUGAGCCUUCCACCCGAAGACCGGGUGAGGGCCCUCUCCCAGAUGGGUAGCGCAGUGGAGAUAAAUGAAGACAUUCCACCUCGACGGUACUUCCGCUCUGGAGUCGAGAUUAUACGAAUGGCAUCCAUUUACUCUGAGGAAGGCAACAUUGAACAUGCCUUCAUCCUCUAUAACAAGUAUAUCACGCUCUUUAUUGAGAAACUCCCAAAGCAUCGAGAUUACAAAUCGGCUGUCAUUCCUGAAAAGAAAGACACAGUAAAGAAGUUAAAGGAGAUUGCAUUUCCCAAAGCAGAAGAGCUGAAGGAAGAGCUAUUAAAACGAUAUACCAAAGAAUAUAUAGAAUAUAAUGAAGAAAAGAAGAGAGAAGCAGAAGAGCUGGCCCGGAGCGUGGCCAUCCAGCAGGAGCUGGAGAAGGAGCGGCAGAGGGUGGCCCAGCAGAAGCAGCAGCAGCUGGAGCAGGAGCAGUUCCAUGCCUUUGAGGAGAUGAUCCGGAACCAGGAGCUGGAAAAGGAGCGACGGAAAAUCGUGCAGGAGUUUGGGAAGGUGGACCCUGGCCUCGGCGGCCCCCUGGUGCCGGACUUGGAGAGGCCCUCCCCAGACGUGUUUCCCCCGGCCCCCGUGGCGUCCGCGCAGUCUUUGGACUAUAAUACGGCCGUGAGGCCUGCCAAGCCACCCGUGGUGGACAGGUCCUUGAAACCUGGAGCAUUGAGCAACUCAGAAAGUACUCCUACGAUCGAUGGACUGCGCCAUGUGGCGGUGCCCGAGAGGCUCUGCCCGCAGUUUCUCCAGCUAGCCAGCGCCAACACAGCCCGAGGAGUAGAGACAUGUGGAAUUCUCUGUGGAAAACUGAUGAGGAAUGAGUUUACCAUUACCCAUGUUCUCAUCCCCAAGCAAAGUGCCGGGUCUGAUUAUUGCCACACUGAGAACGAAGAAGAGCUCUUCCUCAUACAGGAUCAGCAGAGUCUCAUCACACUGGGCUGGAUCCAUACUCAUCCCACACAGACUGCCUUCCUCUCCAGCGUUGACCUACACACUCAUUGCUCCUACCAGAUGAUGUUGCCGGAGUCAAUAGCCAUUGUUUGCUCCCCCAAGUUCCAGGAAACUGGAUUCUUUAAACUAACUGACCACGGACUAGAGGAGAUUUCUUCCUGUCGCCAGAAAGGAUUUCAUCCACACAGCAAGGAUCCACCUCUCUUCUGUAGCUGCAGCCAUGUGACCGUUGUGGACAGAGCAGUGACCAUCACAGACCUUCGAUGAGAAUUUGAUUCGAACACUUCCCAAGAACUAUAAAACCAUAUCAGUGUACUGUAGCCCCUUAAUUUAAAUUUGCAGAAAGCUCUGGAAGCUUUUUUAGACAGAAUUGAAAGUGAGUAUCACCUGGGGGGGAACUGAUUUUAUAUUUCUGGUUUAAGAAGGAAUAAUUGGCUGUAUUUUUUAGGCAAGUGUGGAAAAUAGCAUGAUCAUGCUAGACAACUUUUCAGUCUGUCUGCAAUUAUAACUUGAAAGAAUGGUGUAAUGAACACUUAAUCUAUACCCUUUGUUCUAGAUUCACCAGUUGUUAACAUUUUUUUUCCUCUAAACUAUCUUUCUAAUUUCUCCAUCAAUUUGUUUAUUGCUUACCUCUGAAAUUAUUAAGGGCAUCUAUGCAGAAAUUUGGAAGCCAUUUAGAAAAUCUUUGGGUUUUCCUGUGGUUUAUGACAAUAUUAAUGAAGCUUAUUACAAGGGUGAAGGGUAGCUCACUAUGUCUGACCAGAUGGUGAGGCCUGAAAACCCUAAAGAAUGAUUUUGUCAGGAAGUAUUGUUAUCUAACAAGUAUUUCAGGAUAUUUUUUUCCUCUACAAUAAAAUAACAAUUAACAUAU